UGUCUUUCAGCACAGUAAUAAAUUAUAUUCAGAGGAGGUGAAGUUCAUGUUCAGUGAUGUGAGUGUGUGUGUGUGUGUGUGUGUGUGUGAGACACCAUGCCCAUUUCUUCAGGUGCUACACUGAGUCAGAAACAAGGCUCCUACUUAAAGAGGUACCUCGCUCGUCUUCCUCAGGAGGAGAGGAAGGUUCUGGAGCGCUCUUUGGAGGCUGUGUGUGUUUCUCAACAAGCUGGAGAGGAAGACGAGGAUCUGCCACAAGGUGUGCAGGAGGAGGAGGAGGAGGAGGAACACUCAGAGGAGGUUCAGAGUGAAGAACGAGACACAGCUGGUGAACAAACAACUUCCAAAAAGUCUUCAACAUGCACUGUGUUAUAACACACACACACACACACACGUUGGUGUUGAUUAGUGUGUGAUGUAGACGUGUGAUGAGAUAAAACAGUGAGAUCUUCAUGUAACAGUGUUCCAGUAAUCACCUGUGGAGCUUCAGUUAAUGCAGGAGAACAUGUAGUCAAUUUAGUCCUUUAGUCUCACUUAGAUAAUAACAUUUAAACUGAGGACUAAACUCAUCAUUUCAUCAUUUAUCCCUCAACACUUCAUCAUCUUUGUCUCAUCUCACUGGUAUUUAAACACUGAAUGAGUCAAUAACACACACAGAAAAUAUACAUUUUAUUUAGUUAAAAAUAAUCCUGAAUAUAAAAUCAUAUUUAC